GGUGCUAUCCUCACUGUGUCACUAUAUUGCAGGGAGCUUUAUAAAAGGUCUGGAGGUCGAACCUGAAGUCAGUUUAGUGUCUGAUCAUCAGAGGAGCUGCUGUCACCAACAGGGACAAUAAGAUGCAGAUGUCCCACAGGCCUGUGCAGUGGCUUGCUGUCAUGCUUCUUGUUGUCUUUACAACUGGCCAGUGUCAACAGAACGAGAGUCGCCGAGCUGUGACUGAACACCAGCUGAUGCACGACCGCGGCCGAACCAUCCAGAGUCUCAAGAGACUCAUCUGGCUGUCCAGCGCCAUCGAGGGUCUCCACACCGCCCAGACUCGCUCUGCCGCUUUCAACCCCACAAAGGCCCUGAACCUGGUUCUCAAUCCGGCGCUGGUCCCUUCUGCUGGAAGCCCCCAGCCCGCCCGGUUGCAGAGCCUCCUGAGAGACUUCUUUAAUCCGUACCUGACUCAACUGCCAGACAGAGAUCCCUAACAUCACACUGAUGCACACAUGAAGCUACACAUAUGUAAAAAGGAUUAAAUGUGUCCAUUGUUUGAACAAAAAUACACCUAAAUCACAACAACAAACUCAUCUCGUGUCAAGACACACAUUCAGCUGCAGACGUGUUCAAAUGUCUCAGGAGUUUAAGAGCAAAUUUAAGUUGAAGAUAUGAAAGUUUCUUGCAUUUGAGACGCCUGAAGCUGUAGGAACUGUUUUUCUGUCUUAAUGUACGAUCAUUUUACACUUUCAUCUAGGGCUAUAAUAUACAAAACAAAAAAUAAAAAUGUUUUCAAGCUUGGGGGCGAUUCACAGUUUUAAUCCCACAUGACCAAACAAUCAAGCAAGAAUAAUAGAAGACCUGCACCACUUGCAAUUACCAGUUAUCCCACACAGCUACACAUGACCUGUCAGUACCAGAUGCUUCUGCCCUGAUAUCGUGUGGGCUAACCAGCUAACAUGUCAGUACCAGACUGAACAAAGUAUAAUCUGUACACAAAUCAGCUUUAUCUCUUAUAA